AUGUCAACCAUAUCGACAUCCGCCGUCUUGCAUAGGAGCUUGAAAUGCGAGUUUCCUCGAAUAACUGGUGGCGAGGGGAGCUAUGUUAUCCUCGAAGACGGGCGUAGGAUUUUCGACGCUUCCGGUGGCGCCGCAGUUGCGUGCAUAGGACACGGCAAUACGCGAGUUCACAAUGCUAUCAUUGCUCAAUUGAACCAGAUAUCGUAUUGUUCAACGGUGUUUUACACGACAGAAGCAUGCGAGAGACUUUGCCAGGAGCUGGUUGCCUCCACACAUGGCAUAAUGAAGCGUGCAUAUAUAGUCAACUCCGGCUCGGAGGCAAUGGAAGCUGCGAUGAAGCUAGCAAGACAGUAUUAUCUUGAAAAAGUGCCACCUGAGCCUAGCCGAAUGCGGUUCAUAGCUCGGGAACACUCAUAUCAUGGGAUAACUUUAGGCUCUCUCUCCCUUGGUGGUCAUGUUAUGCGACGGGAAAAGUUCGAGCCGAUGCUCCUCGAUUGUGUUUCUCGAGUGUCACGCUGCUUCCCUUUUAGAGACAAACGUGCGCAAGAAUCCGACUCGGACUAUGUGGUGAGGCUCGCAGACGAGCUUGACAAGGAAUUCCUGAGGGUUGGUGCCGAAACUGUGUGCGCAUUCGUAGCAGAGCCGAUUGUGGGAGCAGCUCUUGGUUGUGUGCCUUUCCUUCCUGGGUAUUUGAAAGCGAUGAAAGCAGUGUGUGAGAAACACGGUGCCCUCUUCAUCCUCGACGAAGUUAUGUGCGGAAUGGGCCGUUCAGGAACUUACCAUGCUUGGGAACAAGACGACAACGCUGCGCCUGAUAUUCAGACUCUCGGGAAGUGCUUAGGUGGAGGCUACCAGCCAAUCGCUGGGGUUUUGGCGAGCAAACGAGUGAUAGAAGCUUUCGAAGCCGGUACCGGGAGCUUUGUCCACGGCCAGACGUACCAGGCACAUCCAGUCACGUGUGCCGCCGCACUCGAAGUCCAAAAGAUCAUACGCGAAGAAAAUCUAGUUCAGAACGUGUCGAAGAUGGGUAAACUACUAUCAGCAAGGCUGAAAGACCUGCUUGCCAGUCACCCACAUGUAGGUGAUAUUCGCGGUAAGGGUCUAUUUUGGGGCAUUGAAUUCGUGAAGAAUAAGACGACGAACGAGCCAUUUCAUAGCUCUUUAGGGGUGGCUUUUGGAAUAGCCGAGCUGGGAAUAACGAAGCCCUACUGCAUCGCCGUAUACCCCUCGUCCGGGACAGCCGACGGUAUAAACGGAGACCACAUCAUCGUCUCCCCUCCGUACAACAUAUCGCCAGCUGAUGUUGAGAUCAUUGCGACCACUGUGCAAAGACUCCUAGAACUAAUCAUGGCAGUUGGCUUGAGCAACGGCCGUCACACGGCCGACGAGGAGGCACGAGCCGAAGUCGACGUGCUGAAUUCGCGCCUCGAGAAGACCACACAGCUUACCAAGAAGAUCCAGGCUUGUUUAACUAGGCUGGAGACCACCGGCAAGAGCGUCCGCGACGUAUCGGGCCCCCUCAACGGCGAGACCAAAAGACUCCAAACCCUAGGCAACAACAUUGAUGCAGUUAUAGCAUCCAUAGAGAAGCUGCGACAGCCCGCCGAUUCCAAGGAUGACGAAGAAAAUAUCAUCCGCCAAGGGCCGGAGAAAGCGGGCUUGUCCAAUUACCUCAACUCGAUCAAGCGUCUAAAUAAAGCCCUCGAGAAUAUGCAAACCUCGAAUCUACGCGCCAACCAACAAACGAUAAGCGACCUCCAACGUUUAGUCAAGAACGGAAAUACCCAGCUCGAGAAUUCUUUCGACAAGUUGCUUCGAGCUGAAACACCGCGAUCUAUUGAGCCCCUACAUUAUAUCACUAAGGACAGACCCUUUCCCUUACUGUCCCAAGACACGAUAUCCAAACUCAGCCUUAUGAAUUCAUACGUUUCGGGCAACAGUUCGUCCGAAAAUUCGCUAGUAAAAAUAUAUUCUGAAGCGCGGGGUGCGUAUUUGUCACAGACCUUGGUGAAUCUCGCUUAUGCGAGCGUCAACACGGCCAAGAAGAAGAGCCCCGAUGCUAUCUAUCGGUCAGGCACCAAUGGCAUCGGAAUGUAUGCUCAGGCUUUUGAGGGACUCUUCGUUGCUGAAUAUGAGAACAUAUGUAAUAUUUUCAUGAGGCAGGACUGGGGUCCAGCCUUCCAGACCACUUGCCAGGCCCCCUUGGCGGAAUUAGCAAGAACUCUCCGGGAGUUAAAUAAUCACAUUAAGGCUCAUCUCAGUACAGACUGUUACCUAGCUUACGAGGUGACCGAGAUAAUGUCUAGUCUGUCCAACAACCUCGACGCCAGGACAGGCGAACUGAAAGCGACCCUAGCCGCAGCGCUUAAACCAGUACGCGAGACGGCCAAGAUGUCGCUGGCUGAGCUGUUAGAUGAUACGAGGCGCAAGGUCAGCUCCAUACAGGCUCUACCAACUGAUGGUUCGCCAAUUCCCGUGGUAUCCGAGACGAUGCAACGUCUACAAACCAUGGUCGACUUCUUGCGCCCAAUUUCUAGCAUUAUGAUUUCAUUGGGCGAUGGUGGAUGGAAGUCAACUACUCCGUCAAAUACGAGCACGGAUGCGAUACCUAGUUUAGCAUCUUUCGAUAUUGGUGCAGACGGGAAAGAGAUAUUUGCGCAUUAUUGUACUGAUACGAUAGAUUUACUGAUGUCGGCUCUCGAACAGAAAGCCAGACUGCUCUUGAAAGCUAAGUCCGUACUGGGGGUAUUCUUGGCCAAUAACAUCACCAUAAUUGAGCGGAUGAUCCGAGAUUCCGACCUGAAACCCCUUCUAGAAGGUCGGCUUUCUGGGCUAGACAGUUGGCGCAAGAAGGCAAAAGCUCUCUAUUCCGACGCCUGCAAAGAAGUAUCCAUACACCUUUUCGACGUCAUUCAUACCAAUCGCACGCAACGGCCACCUUCGGGCUCGAAUGAGUCUGCCUCGAUCGUUAAGGCGCUGAGUAGCAAAGACAAAGAUGCUAUCAAAACCAAAUUUCAGACAUUUAACACUAGUUUUGAUGAGCUGGUGGCCCGUCAUAAAUCAUACAGCAUGGAGCGAGAGGUACGGCAGAUGUUCGCCAAAGACAUUCAACAGAUGCUGGAGCCCCUCUAUAACCGCUUCUGGGACCGCUACCACGAGAUCGACAAAGGCAGGGGCAAAUACACCAAAUACGAUAAAUCAUCGAUUGCCGUCGUUUUUCUCAGCCUUUAUUGA